AUGAAAGCUAUUCAAAUUAAACAAACUGGAGGUUUAGAAGUUUUAGAACAUGUUGAUUUGCCAAUUCCACAAUUGAAAAAUCCUGAAGAUAUCUUAGUUAAGAAUAAAUAUAUAGGAACCACAUUACCAGCUAUACUUGGUAGAGAAGGUUCUGGAGUUGUUGAAUCAGUUGGAAAUAGUGUUAAAGAUAUUAAACCUGGGGAUAGAGUUGUUUAUAUUGGAUCAUCAAGUUAUUCAGAAUAUUCAAUUGUCAAUGAUAAAUUUACUAUGAAAAUGCCUGAUGAGAUUGAUUUCAAAGUUGGAUGUGCAAGUAUUAUUCAGGGACUAACAGCAUUGACUUUAGUGAGUGAAUCCUAUCAAGUCAAAAAGGGCGAUUGGGUUCUUGUACAUGCAGCAGCAGGUGGUACAGGAUCAUUGAUUGUACAAUUUUGUAAAGGUUCAGGAGCAACAGUCAUUGGAACAGUUUCAACAGAGGAAAAAGGACAGGUUGUAAAAUCAUUGGGAGUGGAUCAUGUGAUUAACUACAAGAUUCAAAAUGUUGUUGAAGAAGUUAAUAAAUUGACCAAUGGAGUUGGAGUAGAUGUAGUUUACGAUGGAGUUGGUAAAGAUACUUUUGAUGACUCUCUUGCAUGUUGUAAAAGACUUGCUAGUCUCAUAACAUUUGGUAAUGCCAGUGGUAAAAUUCCUCCAUUUGAUGUAUUGAGAUUGGCAGAAAAAAAUAUAAGAUUGAUGAGACCAACUUUAUUCAAUUAUCUUGUUACAAAAAAAGAAUUUCAAAAAUACACUAAAGAAGUUUUUGAAUUUAUUAUUAGUGGAAAAGUACAUAUAAACAUUUGGAAUGUAUACAAAUUAUCUGAUGCUAAGAAAGCACAUGAAGAUUUAGAAAAAAAACAAACAGUCCUAGAUCAUAACACAAGUUUGAUUCGAACCAUUGAAGAUCUUCAACAAAGUGGACCAAAUAUUUCAAUUGUUGGGAUACACAGCAGAUCUUCUGGAUCAAAUUUUCCACAAGAUGUUUCAGAAUUGGUCGAAGAAUAUACAAGAGUUAAAGCUGAACAAAAAUGUUAUAAGAUCAAGAUUCAGAAACUUGAAGAUCAAAUUAAAGAUUUAGAACACACUAAAGAAAGAUUAAUGGAUUCUAUUAAAUUUAUUAAAGGUGUAAAUAUUCGUAUGAAAAGUCAGGCUCAUUUAUUAAGUACAGAACUUGAAAAUGAAAGAAAUUUGCAUAACGAGUUGUCAAAUUAUAUCAAAUCAAAUAAUUUAUCAAAGAAUUUAUCAAAUGAUGAUAUCCAAGGAAUUUCUGCUCAAAAACUACUCAAUCUUGAAAAAGAAAGCUCAAAAUUAAAGAUGGAUAAUGAAAUGAUUACAAAAGAGUUGAAAAAUGUUGAAGAGAAAUUGGAAACUGCAAACAAAGAAUUAUAUAGUUAUCGGCUUCAGAAAUCAGAAAUUGAAUAUCAAAAGAAAACUUUAGAGGAUACAAAUAAACUCCUUGAAACACGUCUUAACCUCAAGGAAACAGAGUGUCAGAGUUACAAGCAAGUAUCAGAUCAAACUAGUAAAUUAAAUAAACAAAUUCAAGCAUUACUUACAAAAGCAGAUGUUGAUAGAACAGUAAUGAGUGCUGAGGUUGAUAAAUUAAAAACAGAAUUGGAUUCAACUAAAAAUACAUUAUCUGAAUUACAAAAAGAUUAUACUAAAGGAUCAAAUGACUUGCAUGUUACUAAAGAGAAAGCAGAAAGUUCUUAUAAUGAAGUACAGUUGUUGAAAAAAGCUAAUGAAGAGCUUGAGAAAAAGUAUAACCAAACUCAAGAAAAAUUAAUAAAUGCACAAGCUAAAAAUGAAAAUCUUAAAGAACAACUCUCAGAUCUGAGUGAAAGAUAUUCUAAUGCAAACCUUAAAUGGACUGAAGAAAAUCAAAAACUCGUAGACUCUUCUAAACAAGCAAAUAGUAAGGUUGUUGAAUUACAAACUGAAAUUGAAGAGUUAAAGAAAAAAGUUGAAUUGCAAUCUAAUGAACUCAAGCAAUCUCAAGAAAAAUUGACAGUUUAUGAGCAAAAUGAACAAGGAGCAUUAAUUAAUAAAUUGAGUCAUGAUUUGGAUUCUGCCAAUGAAGAAAUUAAUGUAUUGAAUAAGGGAAUGGAUGUUCUUAAGAAUUCUCUUGAAACACUUGAAAUAAUUUCCAAUAAUACAAAACAAGAUUAUGAACACUUAAAAGAUACUCUAGAAAAAGAAAGAGCUGAAUUCCAGUCACGAUCAGAAGAUUUUGAUAAAAAAGAUGAAGAAUUUCAAAGGAUGAAAAAUGAGCUUUCUAUAAUAAAUCAAGGACUUACAGAAGUGACCAUUGAAAAGGAACAGUUGGAAAAAACAUUAAGUGAUCUACAUAAUAAAUCAAAAGAAGACGAGACACUGCUUCGUUUAGAAAUUCAGAAACAUAUAGAUAUAGAAUUCUAUUUACAACAAGUUGAAAAAUACAAGGCACAACUUGAAUUGUUACAAAAGACUGCUGAUGAAUUGAAAGAAUCAUUGAACAAAGUGACCAAAGAGCUAAAUCUUGUAGAAAAUGAUAGAAAUUGGUGGAGAGAACGAUUUCACGUAGUUUUAGAAAAACAUGGAAUAAGUGAUCCAGAUGAACUUGAACAAACUAAAGAAAAAUUGAAAAAAUCCGAAGGAGAAAAGGACACAUUAAUGAAAGAAAAGGACGUGUUAAUGAGAGAAAAGGAUGCAUUAAUUAAAGAAAAAGAUGCAUUAAAAGUAGAGAGAGACGCAAUAAAAGCAGAGAAUUCAAGAUUAAGAAUUGAUGUAGCCAACUUUAAAAAACAAAUUACUGAUUCAAAGAAACAAAUCGAUGAUUUAAAUAAAGAAAUACUUCAAUCUAAGAAAACAGAUCAAACUACUACCAAGAAUUUUCAGACCCUUAAGGGACAAGUAAGUUUAUAG